CCUCGCUUGGCGCCAACAGUCGCGCACGUGGAUUCUUCGCUAGCUGUCGUGUACUGUAGCUACUCGGUGACGAAUUGGCCAUAAGUAAUUUGAAACUGUUAUAAGCGAUAAAAAAUGCCACCAAAAAAGAAACAAAAAAAGGAGAAUGGAUUUAUGGUAUUUAUGAAAUCUAUGAAACCACAACUUGAAGCAAAAGGGCAUAGAUUUCCCAGAGGUUUUCUUGAUGUUAUUUCUGUUUGCUCCCCAUUAUGGAAUGAACUUUCAAGUGAGGAGAAGGCAAAGUAUCACCAAAAAGCCAAAGAUGGUGACGGUUUAGUCAAAGAAGAAAGAUGUGAUACUCGUGGAGUUCCGUUAAAUUUGAAGGCAAAAGAAGAACAAAAAAAAGUAUCUGAGAAAGACGAACUACUGCAACGAGUUGAAGAUAUGGUUUCUUACUUAGCUACCCAAGGAACUCUCGAGAAUCACUAUUUUUACUUGGCCCAUUUCAACAUUGCUGUUGCUACCAGUGAGGGGGAAUAUCCACCUUGUGAAAUUUCCAUAGUCAAGUUUUCGUUGCUUGAUGGUAUAGCCAGAUAUUACCAUGAAUUUAUUGAACCUGGCCAAAUCCGGCUUGGAUAUGCCAAUGAAGCAAAAAUACAUUCAGAAUCCACUCAUCAAAUUCCAACAAAUGGGUUUAAAUUGGCAAAUGCAAACUAUGUUGCAAUUGUAGACAAUAUAAAGAAAAUGCUCCUACAAUCGGAUGGCGGCAUUGCUCCAUUAUUUGUGGUAGAUGAAGACAAGGUAAAAGCAGUUUAUAUCCUUGAUUGGUUGGUCAAAAAAUGCUGCCAGAUGAAUGAAACAUACGACACCGUCAACCCUUUCAAGUGCUACAGCUUAAAUAAGCUAUUUUACGAGUUGCGUCGCCAUGCAGAUCUGAACAAUCCGUCCCUAAUGUUUGCCAGUCCAGCACUAGUCGCUGAUCAUUUUGGCAAAGGAAUGUUUUACUAUUCCAAGAAUAUGGCUUGUCAAUGGCACGUGGACGAAGACAAUGUUACGUUUUGUUCGCUGACACGUGUGAAAAAUUAUGCCUACACGAUUUCGGACUUGUGUUGCGAAAACUACGAUCUGUCCCUACUGCCGAAUCGCCACUGCCCUGCCGAUGUUGCUGAUGAUAAUCGCUACGUUGUUCUGCCUAAGGUGGUUAAAAAGGAAGAACCAGAGACACCGGCUGUUGUAAAGAAAAACGACGACGAAGAAGAGUCUACUCUUCCACGUAAACCGAGAGCUCCUGCUGCUUUGACUCUCAAAGGUGUCGUCCCUGGUAUAGGCAGGGGUAUUUUGAGUGGAUCGAUGUCCUCCAUUCAAUCGCCAGGCCCGUCACAAGCAACGUCAACACCACCUCCUCCAGCAGGAAGAGGUCGUGGUCGCGGACUUCUUUUACUUGAUGAGUCCAAUUGAUUGUUCCUUUUGACGGCCAAGACGCGUAAUCAAACAACCUGCCGUGGAAACAACGUCAUCUGGUCUUUGAAUGCUUUUCCAUUAGCAAGGCGGCGACAAGGGAAACUUCGCCACAAAACAGUCCACAUCCCAUCCUGUACCAAAUGUUAACGGACGCAACUGUUGCGGAUCGAUCCCAUCCGUUUGCUAGCCACUUAGUACUGGAAUGGCAGAGUGAAACUUCCAUCCAGACAACAAUUAUAAUUGUCGACCCUAAAUGAAAACUCAAAUUUAAUCUCCCAUGACAUGUGGAAAUUCAUAGCGGUAGGUAUUUCAUAUUAAUGGGAAUUUUUUACUAUUUCUCCUUUUUGACCAUUUAGAUUUAAAAAAUAAGUUGCAAUAUAUUUCGAAUUUCUUCCCAUAGUCCUCGCAUAUUGGUAAGUUAACGUGCAUUGGUUUUGUACAAAUUUAUUGGAAUAGAUGUUUGCAGAUCCA